AUGAAGAGGGGUUAUAACAACAACAACAACAACAAUAGGUCAUCAGGCAAUAAUAAGAAGCGCAAACGCCGAGAAAAGCUGGAGCAGUAUGGCGUGGAUUUGCCCGACAUUCCUGGUGUCCCUGCCGAAGUGAUUCCUCUUUUCGUCCAUGCCAUCAAGGUGUCGACCAAAUUCUUUCAACAUGAAUCUUUAAUGCCCUACACUAGUACUAAUAAUAGUGAGGAAGAAGAAGAACAAUCGAGUGAAGAGCAAGAGCAAGAUGGAAUUACUACUUCUAGUGGUAGUAGAAGUGCACUGGAUCAAGUACUGAAUCGCAUGGACGCAUCGACCCAAGAGAAUUCCGAGACACGUCAACAACACAAGGAACGAAAAUUGAAAAUGAGAGAUGCCGUUCAGUCCUGGCUGGCAGCUGUCAAGCGCAAUGUCAGAACUGCACCACCACCUACUACUACUGCUACUAGUCAAGAAGACGCGACUGCACAGAAUCAGUAUCAGCAGCAGCAGCAACGACGAUCGGUUCCACUGUCUUGUUUCGAGUACUUGUGGACCAUAGGCCACGAACACCCGCGUUUGGCCGUACGACGCGCCGUACUGUACAUGAAGCGUCUCUUGUUGACCAAGAGUUCCGACUGUCGUCGCUUUUUUCUCGAGGAACAAACCCAUUUGUGGCAAUGGGUUCAAAUGAUCGUAACAACCAAUGGUACUGAGGCAAAGCCAUUUGAUCCGACCAAACGACUGCUGUGGCAACGAGAAGGACAUGCACUCUUGCUGCAAUUGAUUCAAGCUCAAUACGAUGCCUUGUAUCCAAAAUUGAUUGUAUCCGAACAGUACUUACGGCAGGCUUGUAUGAUUCUGCCAAAUGAAGCACAAGAACAGCCCUCUUUCGUACAGGGGCAGGACGAUCAGGCCGUUAUUACCAACAUGCACAGUCUCCGAAAACUACGCGACAUUGCCAUGGCACAUGGACCGGAAGAAAUCCAACGAGUCCAAAAACUCAUUCGUCGAUCACAUCAAGCCACGGACAUUUUGGUGCCCCGAUUUGGAAUGGAAGAAGAUGACAAAGGCGCCACUACGGAGGAACCUGAACCCGAAGAAACGCAUGCCCAAGCGGUCGAACGAACCCUCCAAGCCAUGGCGGCCAUGGGCGGUGGUCUACGAAACACGGGAGCAUUGCAAAUCCAGUUUGAUGGCAGCGCAUCUGGUGUUGCUGGUCCGACUACUACGACUACGACUACGACUACUAUCGACAACGCCGCGGCAUCCCAGAAAUUGACACAAUACGCACGGUUCUUGGCCGAUCGUCAUUGGCCCCGCAUCACGGCAUGGAUCGAAGGAUUGACCAAAGCCGAUCGAUUGCAAAAGAACAGGUCCAAAAACAACAAGGCGCUCCUACUCAUGUCACCGCAACAAGGACAUGCCCGAAACGAGUUGCGACAACAAUUGAUUCAUGCCAAUGCGCAAAUCAAGACAGUCUUGGAAUCGGCGGCUCGAUUGGGGUUGUUUGUCGUCGGGAAAGAACGAGAGCAGGAGGGUGGAACCAAGUAA